UUUGUACAAGCUCAUGAGUAUGAUUACUGUUAUCACGGUCUUGAAAACUGCAGGGGUUUAAACAAACAAGGAUAUCAAUGCCAAUUAUGUAGUGCGGCGGUUCACAAGAAAUGCCACGAAAAAAUGAUCAGCCAGUGUCCUGGCUCUGCAAAGAACACAAAAGAUACUAUCGUGAGUUCAUUCGUUGCCCUCUCUUCGUUUUGUAUUUUUGUCCACUCAUAUUUGAAAGAGCGUUUCAAGAUCGACAUCCCUCAUCGUUUCAAACCGUACAGCUUCAAAAGCCCUACAUUUUGUGACCACUGCGGCUCAUUGCUUUAUGGCCUGUUCAGACAGGGAUUAAAAUGUGAAGUAUGUGGCGUGGUGUGCCAUCACAAAUGCCAGCGCUACAUGCCGAACCUGUGUGGCGUCAACCAAAAGCAGCUAUCACAAGCGCUGUUUGAAAUUAAACGUGGGACGCAUGGUCAAGCAAGGUCAUAAUU